AUGGCCAUGCUUCGUUUUAUUGUUGUCAUUACACUUGCGAUACCUCUAUUAGCGAUUAUAUUGGGAAGUAUCGAAAAUGCUCAGUAUACGAGUUUGCCUAAACCGAAGUAUCUUGGUCCAAUACAAAACGGCGCACCAUCGAGCACGAACGCAUUCGGUCGAUAUACAAAACCGUUUUCAGUCAUUGACUAUUCAUGGGUUUCUUCGUCGAAACUCUUCGACUUCUUCAACUUGAAACAUUGGGAUUUCAAAUCUAUAUCAACCGAACGUUAUUUCAUUGUAGCUGCCAUUGCUAAUUUUAAUUACAUUUCUGCGGCUUUUGUUUAUGUAAUUGAUCGAACUAGUGACGAUAAACCAGUUUAUCAAUAUUCAACUCGUUCAAUUCUUGCACAAGCACUCAAAGAACAAGCAAAAUCAUCCAUCGAAGGUUGCACACAUUUUUUUCGAUCAUCAGCCGAAUAUGUUCGUCUUUGUUAUAACAAAAGCACGAAAAUGUAUGUAGUCGAUGCUAAUGUACCAAUGGGGGAUGGUGUACAAGUAUCGUUUGAUUUUACCAUCGAUUAUUCAAGUGAAAAAGACGAAUCAAUGGUUUUACUUUACCCUGUUCUACAAACUCGUCCAGCGUAUACGCAUAAAAUAGCAGGUUUGCCAUCUCGAGGACAUAUUGAAUUCGGCAAUGAAAAAACUAAACAAGAGCUUUCAAAUGGUCUUAGUAGUAUAGAUUGGACAUUGGCUUAUUCAGAACGAUCAUCCCAUUGGAAAUGGAUUUCACUUUCUACAGUCGGGAUUGAUUCUUCAAAUGACGAAUCGGUUACCAUCGGAAUAAAUCUUUCCGAUAUAGUUUAUAACGACGAGAAUGGUGUAUCGAUGGAAAGUGCAGUUUGGAUUGCUGGUAAAGUUUAUAAAGUUAAUCUGAUUGCCUAUGAAUUACCUGAAAAACAAUAUUUAAUAAGUAGCUCAUGGCAAGUUUAUUCUUCCGGAAGUAUUGAUCGAAAUGCUCCGAAUAUUCGUUUGACUUUUCAACCUCAUGGUAGUCAAGAAGAACAUAUCAAUCUAUUUAUUCUUGACGCAGAUUUUGUACAAGCUUACGGUACUUACAAUGGAACAAUCGAACUAGCUGGUCGCAAGUAUAUUAUUGAAAACGGUUUCGGUGUUGCCGAAAAUCAUUAUGCAAAAUGGUGA